CGUCUUGCGGCUCCGCAAGGGAAAGUUUCGGGAGCCGGCUCCUCAGGGAGGAAGUUACGAGCGAAGCAGGAAUUUGGGAACGCCGCGGUCCGGACUGAGGAGUCUCCCAGGUCUUGGAUAAGCUAGGAUCUGUCAAGGAGCCGGAACAGGAGUGGGCCGCUCGCAGGAGGAGCGUGGGGGGACCUGCCUGCUUGCUGUGGGGAUCCCCUGUUGGUCUGGGGAUCUUGGCUCCUUCUCCCGUCCUUCUCCUCCACCGCUUUGAUAUAUGCGGCUGGGGAGCGGCGCCCCCCUCUUCACCGCCCAGCCAUGUCGGCGGCCAUCUCUGCAGCGGAGAAGGUGGAUGGCUUCACGCGGAAAUCGGUGCGCAAGGCUCAGAGGCAGAAGCGCUCGCAGGGCUCCUCGCAGUUCCGCAGUCAGAGCAGCCAGGUGGAGCUUUUGCCUCUGCCCCAGCUCAAAGAUGCCACCUCAAAUGAACAGCAAGACCUCUUUUGUCAGAAGUUGCAACAGUGUUGUAUACUAUUUGACUUCAUGGACUCUGUUUCAGACUUGAAGAGCAAAGAAAUUAAGAGAGCCACAUUGAAUGAACUGGUUGAAUAUGUUUCAACAACUCGUGGUGUGAUUGUUGAGUCAGCUUAUGCUGACAUAGUGAAAAUGAUUAGUUCUAAUAUUUUUAGAACCCUUCCACCAAGUGAUAAUCCAGAUUUUGAUCCAGAAGAAGAUGAACCUACCCUUGAAGCCUCCUGGCCUCACAUACAGUUGGUGUAUGAAUUUUUCCUGAGAUUUUUGGAGAGCCCAGAUUUCCAGCCUAGUACUGCAAAGCGAUACAUUGAUCAGAAAUUUGUACAGCAGCUGUUGGAGCUUUUUGAUAGUGAAGACCCACGGGAGCGUGAUUUCCUAAAGACAGUCCUUCAUCGAAUUUAUGGAAAAUUCCUUGGAUUAAGGGCAUUCAUCAGAAAACAAAUUAACAACAUUUUCCUCAGGUUUAUAUAUGAAACAGAGCACUUCAAUGGUGUUGCUGAACUACUUGAGAUAUUGGGAAGCAUUAUUAAUGGUUUUGCAUUGCCAUUGAAAGCAGAACACAAACAGUUUCUUAUGAAGGUGUUGAUUCCUAUGCAUACUGCUAAGGGAUUAGCUUUAUUUCAUGCACAGCUGGCCUAUUGUGUUGUACAGUUCUUGGAAAAAGAUACAACAUUAACAGAACCAGUUAUCAGAGGGUUGCUCAAAUUUUGGCCAAAAACUUGCAGUCAGAAAGAGGUGAUGUUUUUAGGUGAAAUUGAAGAAAUCUUAGAUGUAAUAGAACCAACACAGUUCAAAAAAAUAGAAGAACCUCUAUUUAAGCAGAUAUCCAAGUGUGUGUCAAGUUCACAUUUUCAGGUUGCAGAAAGGGCUUUGUAUUUCUGGAAUAAUGAAUAUAUUCUUAGUCUCAUUGAGGAGAACAUUGACAAAAUUCUACCAAUUAUGUUUGGUAGUUUAUACAAGAUCUCCAAAGAACACUGGAAUCCUACCAUUGUAGCACUAGUGUAUAAUGUGCUGAAAACAUUAAUGGAAAUGAAUGGCAAGCUAUUUGAUGAACUUACAAGCUCAUACAAAGCAGAAAGACAAAGAGAAAAAAAGAAGGAACUGGAACGUGAAGAAUUGUGGAGGAAGUUAGAUGAGCUGAAGCUAAAGACGACUCUGACUGAAAAGCAAAACAGUGCUCACAAUGUGCUAAAUGCACACAACAGUACAAGUGCCAAGUAAAGAGAUGAUGACCUCUACUUAACAGACAUACUUUUGUACACAUUUUUUAAAUAUGUAAAAAUCGCAAAACAGAAAUUUCAGCAAUAUAGUAGAAACGCCAGCUUUUUUUCUGGCGAUAUGUAAAUUGAAAAAAAGAUCUAUGAAUUUAAAUACAAUAGUUGAAAGAUAUAUCAUUACCACAGCAUAUUGUAAAUUUGUCUAAUCAUUGAUAUGUCACUUCUAAAGUUUUACAGAAAUGAAUUUUAUCUAUCAUAUGAGUGAGAAUGAUGGGAGUGGUAAGAAUUAUGACUUGAAUUUUCUUUUUGAUUGUGUUGCACAUAGGUGGUGUAGUCUCUGUAUAUUUUUCCCCCUUGUUUUAUACAUGCUUUUUACAUUGCUGCAGUCCUAGGUUAAGAUUCUAGAAAAGGAUUCUAGUUCUACUGUAUUUUCUUAAAUAAAUCAAGGUACAUACUUUUUACCUAUACAGGAAACCCCUGCCUUACG